GGUGCCUGCAGAGGCGACAAAGGCGCAGACCUUUCGAUUUAGCAGUUCUGUCUGGGUGUCUGAGGUGCGCGCACAGUGAAAGUUUUCUACCUGCCGAGAAACACUCCAAAAAGCGUGGGUUUUCGUCGCACACCGGCUUGUUCAUUUUCAGGCGCGGAGAGUUAAACUAGCGAAGAUGAGCAGCUCGGCGGCUCCCACCAUCCGAACGGAGGCGAGUGAGGCCCGGGGCUACGUCGUCAGCAUCGCCGUGAACUGCAGCGGCAAAGAGAGAGGGGCAUCCUCGGUGGUGCACGUCGCCGAUGUGGGUCGCUCUUCCGUGGUCAGCAGUCUGCAGGCAGCCAUGGUCCGGCCCGGAGAGUUCUUCCUCUUCGAACAGCCGCUCAGCUCGCCGACGGACAGCGGCACCGGCAGCGACUUUGAUGGCUCGACGCCUCAGGCCAAGCGGCGCCACGUGCGCGGCGCCGCCGGCGACGCCGACGAAGACGACGACGUCAUCAGCUGCGACUCGCUCAACUCGAGCGAACUGUCCGAACUCUCGGACACGCUCGACUCGAUCAAGCUGCUCAAGAUCGCGACGCCGCCGCCCCCGGUGGUGCAGGUGGCGCCGUACGGCGCCGCCCCCGGCCGCCCCAAAAGGAUCAUCGAGGAGGAAGCGGGCUACGACUUCCACAUCAACGAGCACGACGAGCGCAGCGCGGCCAAGUUCGAGGAGGACACGUUCGCCGGCGUGCGCGACGUGCUGAGCGACCGCGCCGCCAUCCGCAGCGCCAAAGGCACCGUCCGCGGCGUCAAGAACAGGGUUCGCGCCGGCAUCGCCACAUUUCUCCAGCUCGAGGACAACAAAGGCUUCAAAGACAAGGAGCAGGGCAAGCUGGUGGUCUACACGACGACCAUGGGCGUGGUGAGGUCGACCUACCUCAGGUGCGUCAAAGUCAAGCAGAUUCUGCGGACUCUCCUCGUCAAGUUCGAGGAGCGCGACGUUUUCAUGAGCAGGGACACGCAGCAGGAAAUCAAGCAGAGGAUGAAGACCAACAACGUCGUCAUACCGCAAGUUUUCCUCGACGGACACCACAUAGGGGACGUGGACACCAUUGAGAGGCUCAACGAGUCCGGCGAACUGAGGAAGCUUCUUCGACCGUUCAAAUGCAUGGGCGUGAGUACACCUUGCAGUGCGUGCGGCGGCUACCGGCUUCUGCCGUGCGGGAUGUGCAACGGCAGCAAGAAAUCGGUGCACCGCAACCACUUCACCGCCGAGUUUGUGGCGCUCAAGUGCAUGACUUGCGACGAGUCUGGCCUCAUGAGGUGCCACGUGUGCUCUUGAGUGUGCCAAAACCUGUGAUUGACUUUGUGAGACACACGUGUCAGUGCGCCAGCCCUUCUUUUUCAUUUCAAUUUUUUAUUUCAUGGCGGAAAAAUUCAAGUGCCGACUCUCGAAAACGGUGCUGGAAAGUGACAACAGAUUUUUAAUUGUCAAUGCACGGUCAUUCCAACUAAUUAUAUGAAUGGGUUUUGUAGAUUUCUGGAAUAUGUAAGGAAUGGUCGCUGGCUUUUGUAAAACUAUUGUGUAUUAAGUAAGUGAUGAUCCAAGCCAAUAAAUAAUGAAGCAGCUGCAAAUUUUAUAAAACAGCUUCGCUGCAUAAUUGUUUAGUAGGUAAUUAGAUUUAAGCAGAAUGACUAUUGUUUUUAUUUAUUUAACGAAAGCAUCAAUAAAAUUAACCAUGUACUGCAAUAAUUGAUGAAACUAUUUUUAUU